UGGAUUUUCACGAAAAAUUUCGUCGGAUCACUGAAAUUGUAAAAGUUCUUGAUGCUGUCCACAUAAUUUUAUUAAAUGUUUUUCACAAUCUGAAUCUUUAACUAGAUUAAAAGUGUUUUGUGUGGGGUUCUUCUGAUUGCGUCAAUACAUUGAGAUGUGAAGUGUUUUUUUAUUUACUUUAAAUUAAAAGUAUAGAUUACACCAGAAAACGAUAAACAUGCAUACUAUAAUUUUCCUUGGUGUCUUAUUACAUGCUGUAUUAUUUUGCUGUGGAUCGGGCACGGAUAUCGCAUUAGAUGCAAAAGCGACGUUGCUACAUCGCAUUGAUAGCUUGAAUCUUCUGAUUUAUACCUGCCUUCUUACCCUAACUGUUCUUACUAUAUGGGUAUUCAAGCAUCGUCGAGUGAGCUGGCUCCAUGAAACAGGAUUGGCAGUAAUUUAUGGCCUCAUCGUUGGAGCUAUCAUACGAUAUGCUGGCAGCACUAACCAGAUCACGCACAUUGAUGUGCACCCAGCACCAGACACCAAGUACAACUUGUCCGUGCCGCCUGAUGUCCUACGAUUUCACUUCCCCGACAAGUUGCAAGUAUCACAUGCUGGAGAUAUCCCAGUCCCAAAUAAAACCUAUGCUUAUAGCUUUAGAGGUGAAAUAGUGAAUAUAGAGCAAAAUGAAAUAGAUCUGAAAGCAACGUUUGAUCCUGAAAUAUUUUUUAACAUCAUCCUGCCUCCAAUUAUUUUCCAUGCUGGAUACUGUCUUAAACGGAAAUAUUUCUUCCGUAACUUAGGGGCAAUAUUAACCUUUGCGAUGGUUGGUACGGCUCUUUCUGCACUAGUGAUUGGAUCUCUAAUGUAUGGCUGCGUGCAGCUCAUGCCAGCGUCACUUGCAGCCAGCUUCACUUUUCUAGACACCUUGUACUUUGGUGCAUUAAUCUCACCCACCGAUCCGUUAACUGUCCUGGCUAUAUUUUCUCAGCUGAAAGUGGAUGUCAACUUGUACGCCAUGAUAUUCGGAGAGAGCGUCCUUAACGAUGCUGUGGCGUUAGUAUUGAGCGGUGCCAUACAAAACUAUGAAAAGAGGUACUCUAACGAUGGUGGCUUCGAAAUCACUGCGUUCUUGGGUGCAAUAGGAGAUUUCAUCGGGAUAUUCAGCCUUUCUCUCCUCGUCGGUGCUUUUAUGGGCUGUCUGACUGCAUUGAUGACAAAGUUCACGCAUGUCCGCGAAUGGCCGCUUCUGGAGUCUGCGCUGUUUGUUCUCAUGUCGUACGCCGCUUUCCUCAUCGCAGAAGUGUGCGAACUUACAGGCGUUGUGGCAGUACUAUUCUGCGGGAUUUGCCAAGCCCACUACACAUACAACAACCUGUCAUCGGACUCCCGUAACCGGACCAAACAACUAUUUGAACUGCUGAACUUCUUGGCUGAGAACUUCAUAUUCACCUACAUAGGGGUUUCGAUGUUCACCUUCCCGAAACACCAUUUCGACCCGUGGUUCAUCAUUGCUGGAUUUAUUACUUCAACCCUUGGCCGAGCCGUCAACAUCUAUCCUUUGUCGUUCCUGUUGAAUUUGGGAAGAAAACCGCCCAUCCCGAUGAACUUCCAACACAUGCUUUUCUUUUCUGGUCUCCGCGGCGCCAUGUCUUUCGCGCUAGCCAUCCGCAACACGGUGUCCGAAGCGCGGCAAGCUAUGCUGACCACCACUUCGCUGAUCGUUAUCGCCACCGUGGUUCUUCAAGGCGGGGCCGCGACGCAUGCGCUAGCUUACCUACGUAUUCCCACCGGAGAAAACCAAAAUGAUGAAAACGAAGCUCUUCCCUACCGCGAUGUUAGAAGUCUCUACCAGGCCACGGACUCCGGCGGACCGUCCACCGACAUGGGUUUCGGCCUUCGAAAUAUGGACCCAACGCAACAGUCCACUUGCGACAGAACUACAACUGGCAGCAUGGUAGUUAAGUGGGGCAAUGGCGCAAAGGGAGUGGUUAUGCCUUGGCAACUUAACUCGUAUGACGAGGGCGGUAGAGGAUCAGGCGACGGCACUGUGGGUGAAAAAGCCCGCCUCGCCAGGCUUUGGGGCGCUGUGGACUCGCGUCUGCUCAAACCCCUACUUACCCACGCUCGGCCCCCUCUCACUGAGACUCUGCCGGGUUUCAUGAGACCCGUAGCUCGAGUGCUGACGACCACCCACCAAUAUACACAAGGGGAUAAUACCCUUAGAAGAACUGAUUCUGAUUCUGAUCUCUGCAUUGAUGAAACACAACCUGUUCCUACAAGCAUUGAUCCACAGCAAAUUUGGCCUGGACUCGUCGACACACGGAUAUCGGUAGAGGGUAUCACCGGCAGUAAUAUUUAAUCGUACCUGCCAGUUAACAAAAUGUAAUAACAGAGUGCCACAUUAAAUAUAAUUAUGUAUUGUUUUUUUUAAAUAUCAUUCAAAUAAAAUAUUUUAAUGUAGUGCUGGUGCACUCUUUAUGUACAUUUUAUCAUUUUUAGAUGAGCUCCAAGUAUUUACUACCUGAAUGUGAUAUUAUAGUAAAUGUAAUGUGAUUUUUGUGACAUGUUGAAAAGACCAACAAAUAAUCAUUUAUUAAAUACUUUGUAUGUGCUCUACUAUCGUAAUUCAUGGCAGAUUAUGUCGUUCUUUCUAGUCUACUUUAGAAGAUGUAAAUUGUAUCAUCUAUCUAUAAUAUACUUUGAUGUAUUUUGCUAUUCCGCUUUUGACAGUGUCUUUAAAAUAUUUGGCUUUUUUAAAUUAUUAACCCAUUAAAUGGGCUUUAUAUUAUUUUAUGGUCAUUUGAAGUAUUUGAAAACCUUUAUAUCUGAUCUGAGCCCCGAUUACGGUAUUUUUUAACGUCAACAAUCCAGACACGCUUCUCGAUUCUGCGAUACGAUUGGUCGUUCAACAGCUUACGUCAUCUGUUUUGACCAAUCGUAUUGCAGAAUCAGAAACGCGUCUGGAUUGUAGACGUUAAAAGUUGCCGUAAUCGGGGCUCUGGGGUACGAUUCUCAUGCAAUCGAAGAUCGUUCAGAGGGUUUUAUUAGGUUUUUUCGACUAUUUACACCGUUUGUGCAUUCUCAGAAGUUCACAAUCGAAAAAGUUCGAUCGAAAACCACUCGAACGCUACGAGUGCUAUGUACCAGUCGAUAAUUAAUUUGUUAUAAAAUAGUCUCCA